AUGCCAGAUGAAGAAGAUAAAGACCAGGAGGUCUCUCAGCUUGUGCCGACUGAUCAACCGAGGAAAACAAAGAGGAAACCAGCAAGAUUGCAGGUGGACCCGGAGACAAUCAACGCGGACGAUAAACCCCCACAGACCGGUACGAUUUUCAACUUAUGGUAUAUGAAAUGGUCUAAUGGAGGAGACAGCUCAAGCCAUAUCCAAACGCACUCCAAGACAAGAUGUCAUGUGAAAUCGGAUUCGGGAUAUACGAGGGCAGAUAAGCAUAUAACAGACCCUAACGCUAUCAAUACUCAAAAAUUCAUAUGUCUAUAUUUCGCGCGCGGAUCAUGUUGCAUGGGCAAAAACUGCGAAUAUCUGCACAGACUACCUGGGGAACGCGACAUUUUUCCUCCCACCCUGGAUUGUUUCGGAAGGGAGAAGUUUUCAGACUACAGAGACGAUAUGGGCGGAGUUGGAAACUUCAACCGCGUGAACAGAACCCUGUACGUUGGUCGAAUUAACUCGAUGGACCAAUCGGAUGCCAGUGGAAGUGGAAUAGAUGCUCUGAUCGCAAAAACUUUUGCUGAAUGGGGCGAAGUGGAAAGAAUUAGAGUUAUUCAUGAUAAGGGCAUCGCUUUCGUCACAUACAGAAUCGAAGCGUGUGCGCAAUUUGCUAGGGAAGCCAUGGCCCACCAAAGUCUUAUCCCUAAUAAUGAAAAAGAAAUCUUGAACUUGAGAUGGGCCAGCGAAGAUCCAGAUCCAAAGGCCAAAGCCAGAGAAAAAAGAAGGAGAGAAGACGUGGCUCUGGAAACUGUUGAGAAGCUGUUGAACAGUAUAGGCGAUGACGAAGAGGCAGCUGCAAAAAGACAGAAUGUUGCCUUAAAAGAGGUAGAAGAAGAAGGAGAAGACGAAGGGAACGACGCUGAUAAUGGAGAUAAUCAAAAGGCUUUACCAGCUGCUCAAAAUUCAACUUUUUUCAAUGGCGGCUUGGGAAUCUUGAACCAGCUGAAAUUGAAGAAGCUUCAGUCUGAGCCAAAGGAAGAGCCAAAGGGCUUGCAGCCGUCGAUGUUGGGAUAUGGUAGCAGUGACGAAGAAUAA